GUAUAAACAGUAUUAACGUCUUUACCGCUUAUCCCUUGUUUUUGCCUUCUAUUGUUAAUUUUGAUUGUGAUUUAAAUCAAGCAAACCUAAUUUACCAGUUUCUUUUUAAACACAGAACCUAUUGGUUUGAACAGCCUGGACCAAAAGAUUUCACCAGUGAAAUGAUCUACCUAAAGUUAUUCGGUUUAACUUUAUUAUUCUCUCUUGUUUCAACCUUUUCAACGCCAAUUCCAGCCAAUUACACUGUUUUUUGGUAUCAACAAAAGGUUGACCAUUUUAAUUACAUCAAUAAUGACACAUUUCAACAAAGAGUAAUCAUAUCAACUGACCAUUGGUGUACAGAUGGAUGUCCGAUAUUUUUCUAUGCCGGAAACGAGGGCGAUGUCUUCUCGUUUGCCAAUAAUACCGGUUUCAUGUGGGAAAAUGCACCAAGAUUCAAAGCCAUGGUUAUUUUUGCUGAACAUCGUUAUUAUGGUGAAUCAUUACCCUAUGGUGAUAAAUCAUUUGCAAGUUUAGAUAAAUUAGGUUUUCUUUCGGUUGAACAAGCUUUGGCAGAUUUUGCGGAGCUUAUACAAGAAAUCAAAGUAAGCUAUCCAGCAGCUAGGAAAAGUCCUGUUGUUAUGUUUGGUGGCUCUUAUGGUGGAAUGUUGGCUGCCUGGUUCAGAAUAAAAUAUCCCCAUCUAAUUGUCGGUGCAUUAGCUGCAUCAGCUCCAAUCCUCCAAUUUCCUGGUUUAUAUGAUUGUAAUGGAUACAAUAGUAUUGUUACCAAAAGCUUCCGUUCAUAUUCAGAACAAUGUUAUCUUUCCAUUAAAAAUUCAUGGGAUGCUAUUCAAAGAGUUGGUUCCAAUGGGGCUGGAUUAAGAUGGAUUUCGGAUAAUUUCAACCUUUGUAAACCCUUGUCCAAUUCAAGUGACCUAAAUGAUUUCUCCAGCUGGCUUCAAGAUACUUUUGGCAGUUUAGCCAUGAUUGACUAUCCUAAUCCUGCAGACUUCUUGGAACCUCUUCCAGCCUAUCCAAUCGGGGUUUUAUGCUCCAAGUUGCCUGAUUCAACUAAACAAGAUAAACCGUUGUUAGUCGAUCUUUACCAAGCUAUCUCAGUCUACUACAACUAUUCUGGACAAAGAUCAUGCUUUGAUUACAGAGAUAACUCUGAAGGAGGUCGAUUAGGUGGUGAUGGCUGGGGAUUCCAAUCCUGUACUGAAAUGGUUCUACCUAUUUGCAGUACACUCAACGAUUCAAUGUUUCCUCAAGCAACCUGGGAUCUGAGUCAAGUUAAAGCUGAUUGUGUUAAAACCUAUGGUGUUGCACCCGAAGAGUCUAAAGCUCUCUGGCUAUUUGGUGGGGAAAACAUAGCUUCAGCAUCAAACAUUAUCUUCUCUAACGGUGCUCGAGAUCCUUGGUCAGCCGGAGGAGUCCUGAAAAAUACUUACGCUGAAACACUUAUAGCCAUAAUUAUUGAAGGAGCUUGUCACCACGAAGAUCUCAGAUCAACUGGACCAAAUGAUCCAAUCCCACUGAUUCGAGCUCGACAAAGGGAAAUAAUUAUAAUAAAAGAUUGGAUUGAUAAAUAUUAUCAAGCAAUUAACCACUGGCCAGCUGAAUGGAGCAGAGAUUCAAAUCUUAUCUAAUUACUCGGGAGGCACUCAGAAGAGCCAAAACAAAACAGCCAAAUUCAAAAUAGCCAAAAGUAUAAGAUUUAUAAUUGCAUAAAAAGAGUCAAAUUGAACAAUUAAAAGCUUUCAAUAUGACUAUUUAGAUCUUUGAUUGCAUUAUAUAUUCAAAAAUAAUAAAAAAUUGACAUCAAUUAAA